CAUAAAUACCGAGAAGGUGUUCUCAGUUUCAGCAGAACAUCACAUGCUUCUCUGAAGAACACGACACGAAAUCAACCGUGAAUACGAAAAAACUGUGUACGACUGAUCAAUCAUGAAGUUACAUGUGACGCUCUUCGUAUGCCUUGCAGUAACAGUUGCCUUGGUAACCAGUCUACCUGCACGGGGACGCCGACCUGGUGGCAGACCAAUGCGACCUGAUAGACCAGAAGGUGCGAGCAGACCAGGAAGACCUGAAAAGCCAGACAGACCAGUGGGCGCAGACAGACCAGAGCGACCAGACGGACAAGAUGAGGAAGACUGCGAUAAUUUCGAAGACGAUGACACGAUAAAUAGCGAUGAGAACGCAUCAUCCCGCCGAAGACGACCGCACGGAUCACGUCCCUGUAAACCACGACCCAGUGGAAUGCCAUCACGUCCAUCCGGUCAUCCACCACGUCCCUCUGGUCAUCCGCCCCGUCCAUCCGGUCAUCCACCACGUCCCUCUGGUCAUCCACCUCGUCCAUCAGACCUACCACCACGUUUCACUGGUGAGCCAAUUUUUCCGACACAAGAGGGCGAUGUCGGUGUUGAAGGUUUUGAAUAACAUUUUAAAUACAACAUAGCAUUAUGAUAAGUUUUGAUUCGUUUCAAUUGAACACUGUCAAUCAUGAUUUCUUGAUUAUAUCAAUCUGCAUAAGUAUCACACAUUUGAUUGUCUGGACAGAUAUAUUGAGGGCAGGUCCUAUGUACGAUUAUUUCAUUUAUUUUUUCAAGAAAACGUGUUUUAUUAUGUUAAUAUUAAAAUAAAAAAAGAUAUUUAAUAUUAAAUUA